AUGUCCAAGACGACGCUCGCUACCAUCGCCUGCCUUGGUGCGGGAGGCGGCGCCGCCGUCACGGCCGCCGUUUACGCCCUCCGAGGCGGCAAGCAAGAGCCCAAGAUUGCCGCCGCCCCGGCCCCGACAACCUCCGUCAACUCAAUGGCCGCCCUCCCUGCUCCUACCGCCUCGGGUGCUGUUCCUGCCUCUCAGAUCUUUGGACCUCCCGCCGUCGUCCCUCCUAACGCUCCCCUCGACCCCAAUGCCCUCGUCAAUCCCGCCGGCCUCUUCGAAUAUGGCUUCCCCGGCCCCGUCGCCGACGUAGGCAACCGCUCCGCCCUCAUCUCCUCCUACGACCGCCGGCUAAGAAACCCUCACUGGGUUGUCGAGCACAUCACCCCCGCGUCCCUCGCCCAUCGCGAGGGCGACCGAAAGCACAGUGCCUUCCUCGAGGAUGAUUCUGUGCCGCAAAAGUUCCGUGCCGGGCUCAAGGACUACUUCCGCAGUGGCUACGACCGCGGCCACCAGGUCCCCGCCGCUGACUGCAAGUGGUCGCAAAAGGCCAUGGACGAGACCUUUUACCUUACAAACAUGUGCCCCCAGGUUGGCGAGGGCUUCAACCGUGACUACUGGGCUCACUUUGAGGACUUUUGUCGUCGCCUGACCGUCAAGUACCCCUCGGUCCGCAUUGUCACUGGUCCUCUCUAUCUGCCCAAGAAGGAGGCUGAUGGCAAGUGGUACGUCAAGUACGAGAUGAUUGGAAGCCCUCCCUCAGUCGCCGUGCCCACCCACUUCUACAAGGUCAUCUUUGCUGAGGACGGCCGCGUUGGUGGAAACGUUGCCCUGGGCGCCUUUGUCCUCCCCAACGCUCCUAUCGCCAACUCUAAGCCCAUCACCGACUUCGAGGUUCCCCUCGAGGCUGUCGAGCGUGCCAGUGGUCUCGAGUUUGCUACAAAGCUGCCUCCUCAGCGGAGACGCCGUCUGUGUACUGACACCACCUGUGCCCUGGUGAUCCGCGACUUUGCCGACAAGCAAAAGGCAUUCCCCAAGAAAUAG